AUGGCUGCACAACAACAAGAACUAGAUGAGAAGAACCCAUUCUAUGAGUUAGUUGUUAUUUGUUCGACUUCUGGUCUAUUUGACCAAACCGUCAAUUCGUUCAAAGAUAUUAUAAAGAAGUCUAAGUUAGUAUGUAUAAAGGAUACUGAGUUGUUAGAUUGGAUAAAGAAGUACCAAAGAAGAGUUUUGAAGUAUAAUGCUAUAAAUGAGUAUGUCAAUUCAAAGUUUAAAGACCCAAAUGAGGAAAUGCAGAGAAUAUUAGACAAACACCACUUCAGAAACAAACAGAAAGAGAUUGAGUACCUUUCGAAGAAAUUGCAAUCUUACGAUUGGAAGACAUACCCUCAUAGAUGUCUUCUUAUCUUAGAUGACUUUGCUUCUCAUCCUUUGUUAAAGAAUAGAGAACAAGACAUGUGUCGAAUUCUUAAGAAGCUCAGACACUUUAACAUCUCUGUUGUCAUUUGUGUACAGACAGCAAAGAGUUUAAGUAAGGAUGUUAAAAGAAUACUUACUGACAUUAUACUUUUCCCUGGAUUGUCCGAAGACGAUUUCAUGGAACUUAUGAAAGAGUCCAUGGCAGGUAAGUUUGACAGACAUGAACUAUGGGAGAAGUACAAAGUCAUACAAGACCCUCAUACUUCUUUCAGAAUUCAUAUCUACGCAAACAAAGUUCAAAUUGUAAAAAGUCAAGCUUGA